UAUAAUAGAUAAUUAUAUCUAUCUAUAUAUAAUAUAAUUUUUCUCUCUGUGCUUCCACGGAAGGCGGUCACAUUUUCUCUGCUGUCCCUCUCCCUCCUUUUUUUCCCUGCUUGUGCUUCUUUGUCUCGUCUUGUCUGCUGUACUUUUUGAAGAGAGUCUCCCCGCAUUACUUUCUAAACUUUAAAAAAAAGCAUGGAAUUGAUAAACUGGUCUCCUAAUCAAAUUGACACAGUUUUCUCGACGAGAAGUCUGGGUUCGGGGGAACCCGCCAGUCCUGCCGGAACAUUCGCGGCUGGUUACACGAUGGACGCGUGGGAUCGGUGGCGGGUUGUGUGCCUGGCGAUUCUUUCUAUGGAGGACAUUGAAGAUAUCUACCUAUUCGGAACCAUGAUUACAGGACUUUUGCUGAUUGGAUUAGGCAUUGCCCUGGCAUAUCGAGGAAAUCAGACAAUGGUGACAGCUAUUCAAAGCCCCACAAAGCUGCCCGAUAUGAUUGAAGCGGUGGGCAAAGCUGUUGGCACUCAGACUGUGGCUAUUCAGAACUUGAACCACAAUAUGGUUGUUAUCUUUGAGAAGCUUUCGGCUUUGCAAGGAAUAAGUAUUUCGGAGACCAAGUUGAACAGAACGGACGGAAUGGACAGAUAUGCACGAGCAGUGUGGAGGUGCAAAGACUGCAUCUGGAAAGACCAGACAAUUUCUAUCUUAUCGACAUUUGGCUCCCUGAGACAGCACCGGCCUUGGUUAAGGCUUCUGCUGAGACAACAUUUCCCCCUGAAGGUCACUGCUGGGAGACGCUCUCGCAUUCCUUGUCCAACUUUCCGUGAUCGCCGUUUUCAUCCCCAGUGUGACAAGCAGACCCUCCAGGAUUUCGCGGUGUUGCGAUUUGCAAGUUCAACACAAAUUCAGCCAAUCCCCGCGAAUUCAGGGCGGUGUUGCAAUUAUAUCCAAUCACCACAACUUUCUCGCAAAUUUGAGCAAUUGCUGGCGUCGUCUUGAGGUUGUACUCCAAAUGACACUAACAGUUUGGAGACUGUAUCGCGUCACCUUGAGGAUCAUAUGUACAUUAUUGCAACAUUCAUAGAGCUUGUGAGUAAUAAUGUUCAACAAAACUUUGCUGAAAGAACAUUAUGCGUCAUUCUGGAAGGAAUUUACGAGUCUGUAAGGGAGAUGUUGGUGGAUAUACUGUAACAUUCCAGCUGAACGCUAAUGGACAAGCGCAUGGCAUGGGCACACAUUCUGCAUCUCAGAGAGGAAGGCCAAGGUACAACAUACCAGCUGCUCAGCUGAUUCACGUGCGGGACCUAGGAUUUAGCUGGAUGGCCAUAUCUCGGAUGCUGUCUGUAAACAUCCGAACACUGUACAACCACAGGACACAACUUGGUCUGGUGGACUAUGGGAGUUUCACUGACAUUACAAAUGUUGAUCUAGAUCGACUUAUUGCUGAGAUUCUCAGACAAACCCCCGGUUCUGGAGAGACCUAUGUCACUGGUAGUUUGAGAGGAAGAGGAAUCAAAGUUCAGUGUUUGCGGGUACGAGAGCGUUUAAGAACAGUAGAUCCAGUGGGGCGAGCCUUGAGAGGAUGGAGGGCAAUUCAACAGAGGAUCUACAAUGUCUCUGCCCCAAAUCAAGUGUGGCAUAUUGACACAAACCACAAGUUAAAUCCAUGGGGAUUUGUGUAUCACGGAGCAGUUGAUGGCUACAGUCGCUGCAUUACCUUCCUGAGAUGUUGUACAGACAACCGAGCAUCGACUGCCUUGCAUCUUUUCCAGGGUGCUGUUGAUGUAUUUGGACUGCCACAUCAUGUCAGGGGAGAUGCUGGUAGCGAGAACAUUGAUGUUGCAUGGUUCAUGAUUCAGAAUCGAGGAACAAACAGAGGAAGUUUCAUGGUUGGACGUAGCAUGCAUAAUCAAAGAAUCGAAAGAUUGUGGGCAGAAGUAAACAGGGUUGUGUCAGGAUGCUAUAAAGACCUUUUCCUCUUUAUGGAAAAUUCCGGACUUUUAGACAGCACUGACCCUCUUCACAUUACAGCUCUUCACCAUGUUUAUCAUCCUAGAAUAAACAGAUCUGUGGAUGAGUUUGUGAACCAGUGGAAUAACCACAGCUUGAGAACAAUGGAGAGUCGGUCCCCACUGCAACUGUGGACAAUUGGAAUGCUCCAACUUCCUCAGCAUCAAAGGCCACUCAAUCAUGUGCCUGUGCAACCCCCUUAUGAUCACCAGUGGAACGUGGAGUUAAAGGGAUAGUUCGGGAUUUUUUACAUGAAUU